AUGGAAAGAUCUGUGCAGAAGUACCCUUUGUUUUUGUGUCUCAGUUUGAAUCAUCGUUUCCAUAUCCGUAACUACAACUCUUGUCGCAACUUUCAUUCCACUAUGGGCUUUCUAGAUCCUGCUGACCGUACUGAGAUGCCUUCUUUUGAUCAUGAAGACUUGAUCGCUGACAGAAUCAGGAAGAGAACAUUUUCCAAGUUCUGGCGGAGUGUUGAUCCUCCACCAGGAAUCAAAUUCCAUGAAAAUCCAAUUGUCCUUGUUGGUGGAAUGCCCAACCAUGGCUUUUUCCCGGUUAGUUCUAUCGAUGUUCAUCUUGCCUCGAAGCCAUUUGCCUUUGAUAGAGGCCAGACGUUUGAGAUUCCGGCUACUGCAGAUCAAACAGACGUCAUUGAUCUUGAGAAUGCACUUCAGUAUGCUGACUCAGACGGAUUUCAAGAGCUUCGGAACUUUACCAAGCAGUUUGUAAGCCGUGUUGUUAAGCCUCAGCUUCCUAAUUGGAGCACAAUCAUCACUCUUGGAGGAGCCGAUGGUGUUGGAAAAUGCUUUGAUAUUUUGGUCAAUCCUGGCGAUACUGUUCUUUUUGAAGAAUUUACCUUCAAUCCUAUUUUAAACACUUGUCGAGAGAGAGGAGGAGUUCCUGUUCCUAUCAAACUCGAUGAUUUGGCUACCAUGGACUAUGCGGAGGAAUUGGAUAACAUGCUAUCUCACUGGUCUGAUCGUUAUCCUGGAUUACCUCUUCCAAAGGCAUUGUACACGAUUCCUAAUGGCCAUAAUCCACUUGGUGUGUCACAACCUCUAAGCCACAAGAAACAUGUCUAUGCUCUUGCUCAGAAGUAUAACUUUUUCAUUAUUGAGGAUGAACCUUAUGGCUAUCUUAACUUCUCUCCUGCAGAGGAAGAACCCAACUUUAGUCUGUCCAAUGACGAGUUUGUCAAAUCUCUACAUCCUAGUUACACCACUUUGGAUACUACCGGCCGUGUGGUUAGAGUGGAGACCUUCUCGAAGAUCUUUGCGCCAGGAACAAGAUUGGGAUAUGCCAUAGCUCAUCCACAGUUCUUGUCUUACUUCAAGAGUUCUUCGGAUAUUCUUACUCGAGCACCUAGUGGACUUUCUCAAGCUGUAGUCUAUAAUACAAUAGUGAAACUUGGAGGAUUGGAAGGAUGGAUCCAUUGGAUUACUUUAGUUAGAAACGACUACUUGAGACGGAAAAAUGUCAUGGUUAAUGCACUACGUAACUCAGAAGCUGGUAAAAAGGGGUAUUUACAAGCCAUUGACCCUAACUGUGGCAUGUUUGUUGCAUGUAAGGUGAACAUUCCCGAGGAAAAAAAGUCCAAGACCACGGAGUUGAUGGAGAAAUUCGAUCUACUGUGUAGAAUUGAGGGAAUAGUCGUGGUGCUAGGUGUUAAUAUGGCCGUUGAUAAGACGUUUUCAGCAGAGAGAGGUAACUUCUUACGUAUCGCCAUCUGUGCUCCUUUACAUGUCGAUGUAUUAACAGAGGCUGCUAACAGGCUAUCAAAAGCUGCAAUAGAUUUAUUUGAAUGUAAUUACAUAAACUAA